AUGAUCUCCCCCAAAGUCGGCGACCACAUCGAUAGCCUCGAUACACCCUCGAUGAUCGUGGACCUGGAUCUCUGUGAAGCCAAUAUCAAGAAACUGAUGGAUAGGCUUUUACCAACCGGGCUGAACAUCCGACCACAUCUCAAGACAACCAAAAGUGCUAUUCUCGCAACCAAGCUAGCCAAGGCCGGAGCCAAGGGAGGCUGUGUAGCGAAAGUGAGCGAAGCCGAAGUCAUUGCCGCUGCCGGGUUUGACGACCUGCUCAUUACAUGCGAAAUUAUCGGACCUGCCAAAGUGAAGAGACUGGUUGAGCUGUAUCGCAAGUACCGAAGUAUUCGAAUCGUGGUCGAUAGUGAAGUCGGCGCAUCUGCUAUCAAUCAGGCUUUGAUUGACUCAGGUAUCAAGGAACCGAUCACCGUUCUCAUCGAUUUGGAUGUUGGUCUUCACCGUACGGGUGUGAAGCCCGGAGAGCCAGCUAUGGCACUCGCCCAUCACAUUGCAGGAUUGAAACAGUUGACUUUGAUUGGUGUACAAGGAUACGAAGGCCAUUUACAGCAUUUGCAUGACAAGGAAGACAGGAGAGCUCAGUGCUUAGAGUCUAUGAGAAUUCUCACUGCCACCGCCGAUUCGUUCCGAGCUGCAGGCUUCAAAAUCGACGUCGUCACUACUGGUGGUACGGGCACAGCAGAGUUCUGUGCCACCGUACCCGGAGUAACAGAGCUGCAGCCAGGAUCUUUCAUUUUCAUGGACACUGAUUACAGAAAUGCUGUGGGCACGUUCUAUUCCAACAGUCUUACUCUCCUGUCAACUGUCAUCAGCAAACAAGGCCCUCGGAUUGUUACAAUUGACACUGGUUUGAAGUCACUGACGACCGAUAGUGGUCUGGCUGAGUGCAAGGAUUCCAGAUACUCUUAUGGUGUUUUGGGUGAUGAGCAUGGUUCAUUGAGCUGGGAGACCGGUACGCCCGAUUUGGCUAUUGGCGAUCGCGUGGAAAUGAUCCCUAGCCAUAUUGAUCCGACUGUUAACCUCCAUGACUUCUAUUAUGCUCACCGUCAAGGUGUCAUUGAGGAAAUUUGGCCUGUUGACUCCAGGGGAAAAGUCCAAUGA